AUGACUGUCAACUAUCUUCUGUACCACUCUCGCGAAGCGCGCAAAGCUAGGGCUGCUGCUGCUGCUAAUGCGCGUCAGCAAGCAGUCGGCACCACUGACUCCGACUCCCUUACAUCUUAUCUGACUGGCUUAUCAUUCUCCGACUGCGAUGAUACGUCCAGUAUCGCCUCCGACACGGCGUGUAGCACCGGAGACUAUGACCCGCCACAGUACGAGGCAAGCGCUCACAUCGGCACCAUACCAAAGCCUCCUCCAUACGAGACGCCAAAUGACAGCCUCAGCGAGGCCGAGUACGAGUGGGAUUACGAUGAGGAGGUGGAACGGGCAGAGCUCAAGUAUCUUGUGUCCAGCACUCCGCCAACGUUGGCAGAUGAGCUGACGUUAAAGCGCGAAUCUGUGCGCUUCGUGCAUCGGUCCGUAUACUCUCAGGCGACAAUGUUGCGGUACUGCGGCCACGAUCCGGAGAGACUCUGCAAAGAGCUCAACACAAUCUUAGCGCAGUCCCAUGUGCACGGAUCGGGAUACGAGCUUGCCGAUACGCUCCGGGAUGUCGAAUAUAAAGGCACCGACACUGCAAGCAGCAUUUACGCCAGCAUCCUCAGGAGGGACGCUCGAAUCACGGAGAAGAAGAGGAAGAUGAGAGAGAAGAGGCGGAGGAGGAAGGAGAAGCGGGAUGAAAGGAGGGCAGCGCGGGAACAGGAGCGAAAGGCCAAAGCUGAAGAACAUGCAUCAUCUGCGCUGUUCUGGCACGAGCUGUUCUGUCUGUCCCCAAAGAUCGCCGCCACCAUUGUUGCAAAGGACUAUGCUGAGCUUCAACAGGGAUUAGCUUAA